ACACUCAGUUCUAAGCCUUCAGAGUAACUUCACGCGACUUGAGUUUGCAAAGUUGUGAAAUUAUUGUGACAUAACUUUCGGUUUUUCCUUGACUCGGAAUACUUGUUUGGAUUGCCAAAGGAUUAUAUGUGAAGUGCUACAAUUUGUGAACUUGGAUUGUAUUUCAAUUGAUUGUGACUUAUCUGUGACAAUUCGCCGUCAAAGCGAAAAGUUUCUGGAAAGAAGUGAGAGAACUGUGAAAAUUCGGCCAAACGCGUUGAAGAUUCCUGAAAUCAGUGAUAUUUACGAAUUAAAGAGUAUUCAUUUGAAGAAGAUGACGUAUACGAAUGAAAUGGUUGCUGUGAAAACGGAGACGUUCAGCGGCGUUGCUGCUAAAAGUCCAGUGAGCCAAAACAUCAGGACGAUGUUAAGGCGAGCCUGUGUGGAGAAGAGGUUGACUGUCGGCCUACUUCCUGCUAUCCAGUAUCUGACAAACAACUGCAACGGGGCGCUGUUCUGUCUAACAACUGAAGCGCCACCUGGCGACAGUGCGACGCAUAUGCAAGAAGUCCUACUGCAAGCGUUUUGCGUGGAAAAUGACAUUUAUAUCAUUAAGGUCGAUUCAGAGGAGAAAAUGCGAACCAUCCUAGGCUGCAGGAACCAGUCUGUGGACUUCAGCUGCGUUUUGGUUCACUACCCAUACACAGAUCCUUUUACCGACAGCCAAGAAAUUGACUUGUCAGUUCUGACAGAGGCUGAAAGGGAUCUUAUCGAAUAUUGUGAUAACUGGGAAUAUUCUCAAACUCCAGUCAUCAAGUUGCCUGAGAAGUGAAUUCGAAGACUUUGAGCAUGAAAAAAGGAAAAAAAAAAGGAUUUAUUUCGACCAUUUUUGGUCCUGCCGCUGGU